AUGCUUGAAGAUCCGCAACUCGUCAUCCUUGUUCGCUCCCUUGCGCCACCGCCCCUUGCUCCUGAUAGUCAGAUCCUGCAAGAGCAGCUCCAAGUUGGGAGUGAAUCAAAAAGGAACUACUUUGGGGUAGAGAUUUUGUGCUUCACAUUUAUCCUGUCUAUUUGUUGA